GACUUGCACAAGGAAAAAAAAAUAUUUGACAGAUUGUGUGUGAUUACAUCUAAAUUAUUAAAUUUUAUAUCAAAUUGUUCUUUAAGGUUUACACUUAUAACAUAGUAGCCAAAUCAAACAGUUGGUUUGGCUCAAUAAGACAAUGUUUUCAAUGCAGAACCUCAACCAUUCAAUACAUAAUCAGCAAGCACUUCUCUUUCAUCUUUCGAACCUAACACCGCGCUUAAAUAAAGUUCCUUUGAAACAGGAAAAGUCAAAUAAUAACAGAACCCAGAAGAAGGACGUUGUAGCGAAAUCGUUAGCUUCAUUACGAAAUGAUUUGUUGGAGUUAUUGAAGACUGAGUUUAGGGACUCAGCAACGCUCAAGAGAAAGUUCACAUUCGACAUUAACUUUAGUAACCGUCUUGAAAACAUUCUGAUAAAGACAUCAACAGUUUGGAGUCCAUCAAACGUUUAUAUCUCAUCGGGUUCAUUUCAACUUGACAAAAACUCUUCUGUUUUCACAGAAAGUAGAAAAAAUAGCGGAUAUUUAAUUAAUGGAGGAUUAAAUAAGAUAAAUCGAUUAGAAGUCAGUUUUUUGAACAACCACCAAACAAGAUCUUUUAAAACUUAUCGCUCACUGAUUGAUAACAACCGAAAUCCAACAAUUUUAAGCCGACUAAAAGAAGCUUACGGUCAACCCGGGGUUAGAGGUCAAGUAGUUAAUCCACAGACAGUUCAGAACGCAACUCAAAAUGAAUCAUUAACCAGACUUUUAAACGAUACUGAAAAUCUUAGUGUCGAACAAAAGCAACAACUGAAAAUAGCUUUUGCUGAAGGUUAUCUUGCUGCGAAUCAUCCUGACAAUGCUCAAAAAAGUGGUCGAGCUAUGAAGUUUCUGAAGGUCUUUCAACAAUUAUUGAUAAUAAUCGUCUUCAUGGGUAUUUUUGUUAGUUUAUUUGCAUCCAACAAUGGUUCUGUGUUCAGAAUUCAACUAGGACAAAACGUAGAAGUUGAUCCGGAGGACAUUACUGUGUCGUUUGACGAUGUAAAAGGAUGUGACGAAGCGAAGCAAGAAUUGAAAGAAGUCGUUGAGUUUCUUAAGAAUCCCGACAAGUUUAGCAACUUAGGAGGAAAAUUGCCGAAAGGUGUUUUACUUGUUGGACCUCCUGGAACAGGAAAAACUUUACUCGCUCGUGCCGUUGCUGGAGAAGCAGGUGUCCCAUUCUUCCACGCAGCUGGUCCAGAAUUUGAUGAAGUUCUUGUCGGUCAAGGUGCAAGACGUGUUCGCGAUUUAUUUAAAGCAGCAAAAGAACGCGCUCCUUGUGUCAUUUUUAUUGAUGAAAUCGAUUCUGUUGGAGCAAAACGAACAAAUUCUGUUUUGCACCCAUACGCAAAUCAAACCAUCAAUCAACUUCUCUCAGAAAUGGAUGGCUUUCAGCAAAAUGAAGGCGUCAUUGUUCUUGGCGCUACAAAUCGUCGUGAAGAUCUCGACAAUGCAUUAAUGCGACCGGGAAGAUUUGAUGUUGAAGUUGUUGUACCAACACCAGAUUUUACAGGACGAAAAGAAAUCAUCACGCACUACUUGGGAAAGAUUCUUAGCAAAGACAUUAACAUUGACAUGCUUGCACGUGGAACGACAGGUUUCACAGGUGCUGAUAUUGAAAAUAUGAUUAAUCAGGCAGCAUUAAGAGCAGCAAUUGAAGGGGCUGAAGUUGUGGCAAUGAGACAUCUUGAAAGUGCACGCGAUAAAGUGUUGAUGGGACCAGAACGAAAAGCACGCUUGCCUGAUGAAGAAGCCAAUAAAAUUACUGCUUACCAUGAAGGUGGACAUGCCAUAGUUGCUUAUUACACAAAAGAAUCACAUCCGCUUCAUAAAGUAACAAUAAUGCCACGUGGACCUUCACUUGGACACACUGCUUACAUCCCAGAGAAAGAACGCUAUCAUGUCACAAAGCAACAAUUAUUAGCAAUGAUGGACACAAUGCUUGGUGGACGAGCGGCUGAAGAGUUGAUCUUUGGCCCGGAGAAAAUAACUUCUGGUGCCAGCAGUGAUUUGAAGCAAGCAACAUCGAUUGCAUCGCAUAUGGUGAGAGAUUGGGGAAUGUCGGAAAAAGUUGGACUUAGAACAAUUGAAGGUGCUAAAGGAAUUCAACCUGAAGAAAAUUUGUCAUCGACAACAAUUGAAUCAGUUGAUUAUGAAAUUAAAAAGAUUCUCAACGACAGUUAUGAGCGAGCCAAAGCCAUUUUAAAGAGUCACUCGAAGGAACAUAAAGCACUUGCCGAAGCGCUUUUAAAGUACGAAACGUUGGAUGCUGAAGAUAUCAAAGCAAUUCUUGCAGGUGAUAAGAUCGGAGUAGAUGCGGCACACUGAAAAUUAAAGAAAAGCGGACGGUUCUGGUGAAGAAAUCAACAAUAGAAGAGACUAACAGAGACUUAAAUUAGAUUUCAUUAUCAUAAACAUUUAUUCUAAAUAAAUAAACUACAAAUAAGAACACAAGAAUGUACAGAAAUUGAAUGCUGAAAGAAGUUUCUUUAAUUUGUCAUAGACAUCUGUUGAUUAUUAUUGAGUUUUAAGUAAACUAAAAAGAAUUACUUAUUGUAUUGAAACCUAAGUUUAAUCUCCUUUUGAAUAAAAGUUUUAAUUUUUAUCAC